UUUUUCCAGCAUUGGCUAUUUGGCUUCUAGCAAAGCCAUGUCUCAGCAUCUUCGAGAAGAACCCGUGACGACUAACUUACAUCACAUUUAUUGUAAAAUAUUGUAAAACAUCUUGUUUCAGUUCCCUGUCAGAGAUGGGCGAGAUCAGUGAAGCGUCCUUGCUGGAUUAUAUCUGUUCCUCUGGAGGAAAAGUCAAAAAUUCUGAUCUGUCCAAAGCAUAUAAGCAUUUUAUAAACCAUAGCGAUUUGCAGCUACGUGCCAAAUACAGAGAAGAGUUCAAACUCGUCAUUGAUAGAAUUGCAGUGGGGAAAUCUGAAAAUGGGGAGAAAUAUCUUGUCCUCAAGAAGAAGUAUAGACCGCAAAUGCAAGAUCAAGAGCCUGGCUCUGGAAAGGAAGGACUAUCAAUCAAGCAGUUUCAUCCAAACACACAAAAUGAUCUCCAGGUCUCCAAUCCAGGGCAGAACCGUAACCCAACAGCUCAGAAACCGGCACUGGUGGGCUGGUGCUCAGGACCCAUGAUUACAGUCACAGAGGCAACAGAACCGACCUAUACAGAUAAUCAGGCCGACAGCACCCUCUCACCGCCAGACGAGGAGAAACCAGACGAGCUUUCAGCUUCAGACAGAGAAGAUGAACUCGACAAGGAUUCAGGGUCAAAGAGUGAAUCCGAGCAGGAUGAGGAGUGUGGAGGCAGUUUGGGAUCCACCGCUGUGGCUCUGGAUCCUCUUGAGAAAGAGUGGAUCUUCUCAGCAGCAAGUGGCAAACUGUCUCACCUCACUCAGCUCCUGAAACAAGACUCUUCCCUGACCAAUAAAAAGGACUUCACCUCAGUAAGUCUGCAACCAAUCAUGCAACACUGCGCUUAUAGUACAAGUUAUAAGUUUGGACAUGUAUGACUGAAUUCAUAUUUCUGAUAAUUAUUAAAAACCUCAGCAUAAGAUCGAAACGAAUUUUGGUAACACGUUGAUUUCUUUACAAAACUACAUUUUAAUAAUUGAAAAUAAAUUAUUAAUGAUAUUAAAUUCUACUAUAUUCAUAAAUAAUUUAGUAAUGUACUAUAUUAAUAAAUCAUUAUAUUAAAGGGGUCAUAUGAUGCGAUUUCAAGUUUUUCUUUCUCUUUGGUGUGUUACAAGCUGAUUGUGCAUAGAUAAGAUCCCUGAAGUGGCAAAGACUAAAGUCUCAAAUCCAGACACGCUUCUACAUAUCUAUGUCACUAUGUGGAAAUAUUUGUGUAAUGCCGCCCAAAUGUUCACCCAAAGAAAGAAGGCUGGUUUCAGUAACAGUUAGUGUUGAAGCAGUCAUGUCAGGGAGAUGCUGUGUGUAUCGAGGCGAAAGCAAAAGCACUUUAUUUGACCUUCUGAAAGUAGAUGCAUUUAGGGAUAUUUAAGAUUACUUACAACAGAACAGCAACGCAUUUUUUGGACGACCGUUUCAUGAACCUAGGAGAAGAGGUCAUUCUGACUUUGCUAUGAUAAUCUGGCGCUUUUGAAUCAGAUACUGGAAGUAUGUUUUGUUAUUAGUUUAAGUAUUUGCUAUUGACUGUUCAAAUGUUGUGUGUGUGUGUGUGUUUGUGUGUGUGUGUGAGAGAGAGCGAGAGAGACAGUCACACAGUGGAGACAGCUGUCUUAACCGUCCAUGGCUUGUGUAAUGCAAACACAUACGAGCUUCAUCACUGUGUCUGUCAGGUGACUCUGUUCCCCUUUCAGGCUUGAACUGAUGGUUAAACUAAGGACAUUAUUAACUGUCUUUACAUUCAUUUAGAAAGAUGAAGCUUGCGAUUAUGGAAAGGGGAGUUACAUUUCUGAUGAGUACUUGCGGUGUUCGGCCAAUCACAAUGCACUAGGUCAGUUGGCCAAUCAGAGCAGACUGCACUCGUUGGAAGGAGGUAUGCAUUUGAGAGAGGCGGGGCACAAUAAUCUACAGUAUUUGUUUUUUGAAUUUUUAAAGUAUUUUAAUAUAUUCUGUUACACCAAAUACUCCAAAUAAUGAUCUUUAAAAAAGCAUCAUAUGGCCCAUUUAAAAUAUUAUUUAAAUAAAUUAAUAAAGAUAAAUUAAUAA